AUGAUUAGUGCCAAAUACCUUUUGUUCUUCUCGGUCAUAUUCGGCUUGACCACAGCCUCUCCCACUUUCAUGGUGGCGCUGGCGCCGCAGGCGCCCCGUUCCCCGAGCCUUGCCGACGACCACCAUCUCUGCACCACGCCAACGAGUCCAUUCUAUCAGUACGGCAACCAAAGCUACCCGGAGAGGGUUAGGGCAGACUGUGAGAAACUCUCACAAGAGCUCAAGACCCAAGCCGACCGGCAUGGAAACUUCACCGAGGCGUGUGGGGUCCCAGCUGGGUAUAAGCAAUUCGGCAAGGAGGGCGACUGUACGCUGUUCCUCAUGUGUUACAAGACAACUGAGGGGAAUGCGGUUACGAUGGGCUAUGGCGAUGUUGCCGACAUUAUCAAGAUGGCCAUCGACGGGCUCCAAGGCUCUGGGCAGUCCGACAACUCGAGUAUCGUGGCAAUCAGUACUUCGUUUGGUUGUCAGCACUUGGCAGCGGACUGGGUUGUGGCACUGUGA